AUGGACAACAUCUCGGAGAUUCUACAGACCAUUCAUAUUGGUGCAGUUCUUGCAACUUUUCUUUUCAACACUGGACGUAUUAUAAGAGCAGUAGACAUCUUUAACGAAUGUUUGGUGCUCCUUAACGGUAAAGCCCUAGAGACAAUCAAAGAACUUAUCACACCACUUCUUAUCUAUGUAUACUGUAAACUUCUUGGUGGCUACACUCGUGUGUACGAUCACACCCGUGCGAUAGAAUGUUGUAAAAAACUUCUAGUGACACUACACAAUAGUGGCCAAAAAGAAGAAGAAGGGAUGAUAUUACUUAAACUAGCGAACAUCUACUAUCAAACAAGCAAAUACGAGGAAGCAAAACAGUUUUACGAGAAGGCACUCAGCAUCAUGAUUGAGGCUGGAAAUAAUCGCGGAGUUGGAACAUGUUACGGAAAUCUAGGAACCGUGUUUUUUUCUGUUGGUCAAUAUACCAAGGCAGAAGAAUACCUUCAAAAAGCACUAGUGAUCAGGAAAGAAAUCGGUGACAAAGAAGGAGAAGCAGCAGAUUACGGAAAUCUAGGAACUGUGUUUAGAUCUGUUGGUCAAUAUACCAAGGCUGAAGAAUACCUUCAAAAAGCACUAGUGAUCAGGAAAGAAAUCGGUGACAAACAAGGAGAAGCAGCAAAUUACGGAAAUCUAGGAAAAGUGUUUCAAUCUGUUGGUCAAUAUACCAAGGCUGAAGAAUACCUUCAAAACGCACUAGUGAUCAGGAAAGAAAUCGGUGACAAACAAGGAGAAGCAGCCGAUUACGGAAAUCUAGGAACUGUGUUUAGAUCUGUUGGUCAAUAUACCAAGGCUGAAGAAUACCUUCAAAAAGCACUAGUGAUCAAAAAAGAAAUCGGUGACAAAAAAGGAGAAGCAUCGGCUUACGGAAAUCUAGGAACUGUGUUUAAAUCUGUUGGUCAAUAUGCCAAGGCUGAAGAAUACCUUCAAAAAGCACAAGUGAUCAUGAGAGAAAUCGGUGACAAACAAGGAGAAGCAUCUGCUUACGGAAAUCUAGGAACUGUGUUUCAAUCUGUUGGUCAAUAUACCAAGGCAGAAGAAAUCCUUCAAAAAGCACUAGUGAUCAGGAAAGAAAUCGGUGACAAAGAAGGAGAAGCAGCCGAUUACGGAAAUCUAGGAACUGUGUUUAAAUACGUUGGUCAAUAUACCAAGGCUGAAGAAUACCUUCAAAAAGCACUAGUGAUCAGGAAAGAAAUAGGUGACAAACGAGGAGAAGCAACCGAUUACGGAAAUCUAGGAAUUUUGUUUCAAUCUGUUGGUCAAUAUACCAAGGCUGAAGAAUACCUUCAAAAAGCAUUAGUGAUCAAAAAAGAAAUCGGUGACAAAGAAGGAGAAGCAUCUGCUUACGGAAAUCUAGGAACUGUGUUUAGAUCUGUUGGUCAAUAUACCAAGGCUGAAGAAUACCUUCAAAAAGCACUAGUGAUCAGAAAAGAUAUCGGUGACAAAGAAGGAGAAGCAUCCGCUUACGGAAAUCUAGGCACUGUGUUUUUUUCUGUUGGUCAAUAUACCAAGGCUAAAGAAUACCUUCAAAAAGCACUAGUGAUCAGGAAAGAAAUCGGUGACAAAGAAGGAGAAGCAGCAGAUUACGGAAAUCUAGGAACUGUGUUUAAAUACGUUGGUCAAUAUACCAAGGCUGAAGAAUACCUUCAAAAAGCACUAGUGAUCAGGAAAGAAAUCGGUGACAAACAAGGAGAAGCAGCAAAUUACGGAAAUCUAGGAAAAGUGUUUCAAUCUGUUGGUCAAUAUACCAAGGCUGAAGAAUACCUUCAAAAAGCACUAGUGAUCAGGAAAGAAAUCGGUGACAAAGGAGGAGAAGCAACAGAUUACGGAAAUCUAGGAACUGUGUUUCAAUCUGUUGGUCAAUAUACCAAGGCUGAAGAAUACCUUCAAAAAGCACUAGUGAUCAGGAAAGAAAUCGGUGACAAACAAGGAGAAGCAACCGAUUACGGAAAUCUAGGAACUGUGUUUCAAUCUGUUGGUCAAUAUACCAAGGCUGAAGAAUACCUUCAAAAAGCACUAGUGAUCAAAAAAGAAAUCGGUGACAAAGAAGGAGAAGCAUCUGCUUACGGAAAUCUAGGAACUGUGUUUCAAUCUGUUGGUCAAUAUACCAAGGCAGAAGAAUUCCUUCAAAAAGCACUAGUGAUCAGGAAAGAAAUCGGUGACAAAAAAGGAGAAGCAGCCGAUUACGGAAAUCUAGGAACUGUGUUUAAAUCUGUUGGUCAAUAUACCAAGGCUGAAGAAUACCUUCAAAAAGCACUAGUGAUCAGGAAAGAAAUCGGUGACAAACAAGGAGAAGCAACCGAUUACGGAAAUCUAGGAAUUUUGUUUCAAUCUGUUGGUCAAUAUACCAAGGCUGAAGAAUACCUUCAAAAAGCAUUAGUGAUCAAAAAAGAAAUCGGUGACAAAGAAGGAGAAGCAUCUGCUUACGGAAAUCUAGGAACUGUGUUUGAGUCUGUUGGUCAAUAUACCAAGGCUGAAGAAUACCUUCAAAAAGCACUACUGAUCAGGAAAGAAAUCGGUGACAAACAAGGAGAAGCAACCGAUUACGGAAAUCUCGGAACUGUGUUUAAAUAUGUUGGUCAAUAUACCAAGGCUGAAGAAUACCUUCAAAAAGCACUAGUGAUCAGGAAAGAAAUCGGUGACAAAGAUGGAGAAGCAUCUGAUUACGGAAAUCUAGGAACUGUGUUUCAAUCUGUUGGUCAGUAUACCAAGGCUGAAGAAUACCUUCAAAAAGCACUAGUGAUCAGAAAAGAAAUCGGUGACAAAGAAGGAGAAGCAACCGAUUACGGAAAUCUAGGAACUGUGUUUCAAUCUCUUGGUCAAUAUACCAAGGCUGAAGAAUACCUUCAAAAAGCACUAGUGAUCAGGAAAGAAAUCGGUGACAAAGAAGGAGAAGCAACCGAUUACGGAAAUCUAGGAACUGUGUUUCUUUCUGUUGGACAAUAUACCAAGGCUGAAGAAUACCUUCAAAAAGCGCUUGUGAUCAAACAAGAAAUCGGAGACAAAGCUGGUAUUGGAGCUUCAUACUUAAAUCUGGCAAAACUUUGUCCAGGAUUUCAACUUACUGCAAAGAGUCAAGAAUUUGCCAAUAAAGCACUUGAGAUAAGUUACGAAAUAGGGGACAAUGAACUGCAGUUUAACUGCCACCUUACCAUUGCUCUGAACGAGUUAGUAGCAGGAGGAAGCAUAACUGAACUUUUGCGACAUCUGCAUGAAAGCAUUCGGAAGUGCGAAGAAAUGCAUGAUUUUUUAAGAGGAAAGGAUCAAUUCCAAAUUUCUUUUUUUGAUGAGCAUGUGUCCCCUUACCUUCUUCUUUGUAGCUUGUUGAUUGCUAGAGGCAGGUAUUAUGAAGCUCUUUACGUUGCUGAGCUUGGACGAUCCAGAGCGCUGACAGACGUACUUUCAGAAAAGUACUCUGUGGAAAAAGGGGUAUCAGGCAACCCACAAUCAUGGAUUGGUAUUGAGAACAUCAUGAACGAAAAUGCACUGAGUUCUUGUCUUUAUGUUUCCUGCUUCGGUGGUAAUAUGUACUUUUGGAUCCUCAAGCCAAAAAAAAUGAUAGUUUUUCGACAAAAGAGACUCAAAGAAAGUGCAGAUAAAGUGUUUAGAAAUGACACAUUUGGUGGCUCUCUUGAUUUACGUCAAGACCAAUGCGAAGAUCGAUCAUUAUUUUCAUGUGUAAGUUCCCCGCUAUCAUGCAAACAAUCUCAGAGUGACAGCUUCGAAUCUUUGCGUCUUAUCGAAGAAGAGGAAGACGAAAAUCACGACUCUAAACCUUUAACCCUUGCUGAUGGUUACAACAUGAUAGUCGCUCCUGUAGCUGACUUACUCCAAGAAUCAGAAAUCAUUAUUAUACCGGAUAACUUGUUGUAUCCUAUUCCUUUUGCUGCUUUAAAGGAUGGUAAUGGAAAGUAUUUAUCGGAUACUUUCAGGAUUCGCAUUGUCCCUUCCUUGACGACUCUUAAGUUGAUUCAGCUGAGUCCAGCAGACUACCAUAGUAAAACUGGUGCACUGAUCGUAGGGGAGCCAGACGUUAGUGAUGUAUACUACCAAGGAGAAAGUCGACAGUUACCGCCACUGCCUGGGGCGAGAAAGGAAGCAGAGAUGAUCGGGCGACUGCUCGGUGUUCAACCGUUGCUUGGAAAGGAUGCAACUAAGCAGGCAGUCCUGGAGAGGAUGCAUUCAGUAAGUCUCAUUCACUUCGCUGCUCAUGGUUAUGCCGAACGUGGAGAAAUAGCUCUUUCCCCUAUAAGCUCCUGCGGAACUCCACACGAAGAAGACUACUUAUUAACGAUGGCUGAAAUUUCACAAGUUCAACUAAGAGCCAAGCUGGUUGUCCUUAGCUGCUGUCAUAGUGCAAGUGGUCAGAUUAGAGCUGAGGGAAUUGUUGGAAUCGCUCGAGCAUUUCUAGCAUCGGGUGCACGCGCCGUGCUGGCGGCGCUGUGGGCUGUAGAUGACAAAGCUACCAUGUGGUUUAUGAGUCAUUUCUACGAGCACCUUGUUCGUGGUGAAAGUGCCAGUGAAUCUCUUCAUCAGGCCAUGAAGUCGAUGAGAGAGACCCGUUUUUCUGACAUCAUGCAGUGGGCACCCUUUAUGCUGAUUGGAGAUAAUGUGACAUUCAAAGGUUUGUAUUUGAUAUCAUUUUUAAGUUUUUUAGUUAUCUUAGUCAAAAUUUGUGAAAUUGAUGUUCGUGACACUACGCAUCAUUUUGGAAAAUAUUAUGAAGGGAGUUAUACUGAGUUUUCUUAGUUUUUUUGUUUAUUGUCUUUUUCAACCCUGUUCAUGGAAGUGAGGCAACUGGAGAGAAGGCCGAAUUUAAUUAUUUUCCGAUUUUUAUGGAAUAUUUCGUAAAGCAUGCCAGAAUCUCUAACUAACUAAAAUGAAAAUGUAGAAAACGAUAGUUGAGUCUUGUUAAUAUAUUUAGUUAUUAAUGUACUGUAAAAUUCCGAAAAUAUACCCUGGGGCUUAUAUUUUUCAAAGGCCCUUUUGAGGGGCUUAGUUCUCUGUGUCGGAACAAUAGGUAUGCGGUGCAAAUAUUAUACGAAUCACAUUUAAGCUGAAAGUGAUACAAUAUGACUUUACUGAAUUUUUAGCAUAUAAAUGAUCCCUCAAAAUGUAAAGGUUUUGUUAUUUGUUUGACUUUGAAGAAAUCUGUCCCAGAUAUUUAGGUAAAGCAUUUAGCGCAAGGAGCAACAGAAGCAUGUUGAUCGAUGGCUAAAAUAAAUCGUGCAAAGAAUACAUACGAAAGGGAACCGUCAUGAUUAGUUUUUUAUUUGUAUUGUAGGUGCAUUUGAUAAGAGCAGUUUGAAAGAUGGCGAAGGUGCAACGGAAACAAAGAACUUGUAA